CUCCUUGUGUUGCCGAAUUAGGAAUCCACACAACAACCGUGGUCUGCGAUGGCCGCCCACAUGGACUCUGGAGGGAUGACUGCCACUAGAUCCCCCGUAGCUUCCCGCUUCCGCUGCUCUCCUCCCACUAGUAGAUAUCUCCAUGGACUAUGGAUGCACUCUACAUACAUGCAUACCGUGCCAACAUAAACCCCUCAUCUUUACACUCUACUUUACUUCACAUACGGUGCAUAUUCUACUCUAUUCUACGGUGCAUACAUACCCACUGUCGCCUUGCUUCGCCAUAUCCUCGCUUCUCCGUCGAUUGCGAUUGAAGUUUUUCGCACGAGCACCUUCCCUUAUGUACAUACGUUGUCCGCUCCGGCAAGGCGGUGUACGACAUCCGAAACUAGAUGUCACCCACACCCACUCCCACACACAGCGGAGACAUCGCAUGUUUCUCCACGCGAGGCAGCGAGCGAGCGGAGCUGGACGGCGCGCGCCCACAUUCGGCACCGGCUUUUCCUCGCUCUCACGAGCUUUCGGUGGAGGCGCAAUGGCUUCGGUGGCUUGCCAAGCAUGGAGUGGCGUACCUACCUACUGGCUCUGGUCGAAGGAAAGGGUGACCCCGCGUGCUCGCCGGCCUGCACGCGGUAUCUACCAUGAGUUAUUGUCAUUGGCCCGACCGUGAGGAGAUGAUGGGCUGUCUGGCUGUCCGCCUGGCUGUCCGUCCGCCUGUCCGCCAAUAAUGGGGUCCUGUCUGUCUGCUUGGCUGUCCGUCUGUCUGUCCGCCAAAGAAGGGGCCCCGGUCCCUGGUGGAGAGUACCUACCUACCUAGUGGACCCCAACGCCGGAACGGUUUGCAGGA